UAGAGGGAGUCGACAAAAUAUUAAUGUUGGCGGGGGCGCAAGUCGCGGGGCAGCUGGAGAGUUUUGGAGUUCUGUGGUUCGUGAUUUUUUCCACCGGCUUUUUCAUCAUACACACCACAAGCUUAUCGUUCCCGACCAACCCUUGCUCUAUCCGAUAUCUCCUAGAGUUCGAUGUUUGCUUGAAGGUUCAAUCGCUGUCUAGAACCAAUCCAUCAACUGACAGGUUCUGGGAUCGAGAAUCUUGACCUCAAGCUCAGAACGUGAUAUAAUCCCAUUUCUAAGUUUCGUGGCAACUUGAGAUCUUUGUCUGAAAGCGUCGAAAAUUGUCGUCAAUAUCUUCUCUGGAGCUUCGCGAGGAAGCAUAACCAGUCCCGGGAAAGCCGCACGCUUUCAGAGAUCAAGUCUGGGCCCGUGUUUGCGAAGUUAAAUAAUUUAGACACGGCUUGAAUUAUGCAAUAUCAUCAUGGCGCGCUAUCUAACCCCUUCGAAACUCGCUCUGCUUGCUCUGGUCUCGAUUUAUUCCGAAGGCGUGGUUCCAAACUCGGCAAUUGUCGCUUUGUUGUCCUUUUUUAUGUCGCAUCUACUUCCAUUAGAUUCUCAAGACUCGAAAAGCCGCAUACUUGAAGGCGGCGCACAUACCAUAUCAAUCAAGGAAUUCGAAGAAGUGACAUCAAGUCUCACUUCGUCCAUACCCGGCCGCACAGUAUGGGAUCUAUUCCUAAAAAGAUUAUGGCAGCUCGAUUGCCUCGAUUCACUGGAGGAAUUCUUCGGUUUGGUCUCCGAUUUGGUAACCAAAACGCGCGAGGACCAAUUGCGCGACCAGAACAAUGGUAUGGCCCCAGAGCCAGGCAAAAUGCGAUUUUCUCGGACAUCCCCCCUGGGCAUGUUCAUACGGAGAGCGCAGCUGGAAUAUGCCAGGCUCCAAUUCCACGAUUCAGUAGCGCUGUGGCGUGCUUUCAUCAGGUAUAGAAUGCCUACAUAUUAUGCUUGGGCCAAGAGGAAUCCAAUGGACAGCCAAACUAAAGUAGAUGUGAACCUCGUAGAGCUUGGCUUGGAUGUGGAUAGUCCUCUGGCAAAGGUUGUCUACGGGGAUUUAGAAAACGAUGAAGAAGACACCAAAGUCGCGCUGAGCACCAAGGACAUGGAAAGACUAUUGGAGUUUCAGGUUGAAGAAAUGCAAAGCAAAGGCACAAGGGUUACGGAGGAAAUGCGGAAGAGGUUACGGCAGAUGCUUGCCUCUGGCGUCGCUGUUCCGUCACUCUCCCAUUAUGUAAGGUUCCUCGAUUCCUGGAGAGCUGGGGAUUACCCGUCCUCUUUUGACAAUCUCCAUCGAUACUUCGACUAUGCUAUGCAUAAUCGGGAUCGCGCCUGUUACCAAUAUGCAUUACUAAAUCUGGCCACUCUUCAAGCCGAUUUUGGAUGCCUUGGGGAAGCAGUCUCUGCUAUGCAGGAGGCCAUCUCCAUAGCUCGGGAAACUCAGGAUAUGCACUGCUUGAAUUAUUGUAUGAGCUGGCUGUAUCAUUGCCGAAAAGCAUGGCCUAGUGCUGUGAGGGAUGUUCAAAACACCGGAAUGCUCGGAAGUGACAGAGAAGCACUGGCCUUUCUGCAAGCCAAAGCCCGGGAGAAUGAGAUGUGGGGUCUCCUGAGCACAUCGAUACUAGCGGAAGCAAAGCUUGAGUUAUGUUAUGGAGAAAGCAUUAGUUCUGUCUUUGAACAUGUCACGAAGGCAGCUCACCUAAAUGCGACCCAAAAUCUAAACCCAUCGAUGGCCCAAUUGCUCGUGAUACAAGCAGUAUUAUUCAUGCGUCUUGGCGCCUCACAUUUGGCGAUGGCCAUGUACGAUGUAUUCCGGGAAUGCUACUCGGAAGAUGCUAUUUUUGACGACUACCUCAAAGCUACUUUCCGAAGUUCUCUUCUGCUAUUUUUUAGCGGUAAUCAUAGCAAAGCUAUGCAGCAACUGGAGGAAGUCGCGUCCAAUGACUUCCAUAGCCUUAAGAGUCAGCAAAUCUGGACUUUCGCACAUGGUCUCCUUAAACUAAGACAACAAAUACGCCGGGAUGACAAAGUGGCCGUGGAGCACCUUAUUUCACAACUCCAAGCAUGCGUACCAAGCGAACCGGACCAAGCAAUCUCCUUAUCUUUAUUGCAGACAGAAUUCUUUAUAAGCAAAGGAGACUAUAGUUCAGCGCUCAGGUCGAUUGAGCAAGUAGCAAAAUCAACCCAGCAGGGUAAUUUCGACGUUUCUCUUCAAAUCGGACUUUUGAACCUGAAAGCUCGCGUUUUUCAGAAUACAGACCAGCCGGAGCGCGCCUUUUCUCUUGUGAUGCGAGCCGCCAGCAUAGCCUACCGAGCCCGAGUGCUUCCCGGUCUUUGGGAAGCCCUCGGAAACCUCGCCGUGAUCCUGAUCGCCUUCCAAGAAUUCGAUGCGGCUGCAGAUAUCUUAGAAAGCAUCAUGCCUCAGGUAUUGGAGGGCGAGGACUGUAUGUUGGCCGCCCGCACGUACUCCCUGCUGGCGGAUGCAAACAUGGGCCUGGCCGGACGAAACAAGCACGAUGGGGUAAGACAAAAGGAACAUAUAGCAAGAGCAUCGGAGUUCAUCGACUGUGCGUUUGAAGGGUACUCAAAGGCUGAGGACGUGCGGGGCCAGUGCGAGAUGACGUCGAAGAAAGCCACACUGAUGCAUCUCUCUGGUGAUUUGGCGUUGGCGAAUGACUACGCCGCCAGAUAUCUCGAUCUCAAAAAAGCAGGAUGACCUUGGCAGCGUCCUGUGGCUGAAACCGAUUUUGCUUGUAUCUAAAGUUAGAAUGGCGUGUUCGGAUGGGACGAGGCGGCACUUCAAACAGGAGAAAGCGGUGGCAGGUGAAUUGUAUGUAAUACGAUGUUGUAACCAUUAAAAGAAGCCCUGC